AUGCGUCGUCAUCUCGAAGCUGAUCUAGUUAAAUUAUCAUCUGCAAGUGUAUUAACUCCAAUACAAGAACUUGGUGUCAAUAAAGCUUUAAAUUAUGGUGUUCGUAUUGGACUUGUACAAGAUCAAUCUGUUGGUCAACAAAAUCUUAUUCGAUUACUUAAAGCACUUAAAACACAUUUAAAACAAAAAAUAGCAAUAUCAUCUUCAUCAUCAUCAAAUACAACUAAUAAAACAAUUGCAGCAACAUCAACAAAUCCUACAUUAACUAAUUUAAUAGCUAUAACUGCAUCAGAUAGUACUGGAAAUAAAUUAAGUAUGUUUGAAAAUAUUAAAAGAAGAAAUUAG